AUGACCUAUGGAAAAAAGCAGGGAGCGACAAAGGAACCCCACGGAUCUAGGUCGCGUAAAUGGGCUAAUAAAGACCACCUGCAACUAACUACUACUACUACUACUACUAUGCUCAAUCUCACGAACAUUGAGUUUCCGAUGACAUUGAAUCAAAUUAAGAAAUUUGAAGCUUUAAAGGACAUUUCCGUCAACGUAUACACCAUCGAGAACGAAAUUCUUCCGUUACGGCUCACCGAUGGCAAGAAGAAGAAACACGUCAAUCUGUUGUACGUAGAGAAUCCUCGGGAUGAUUCAUAUAAAUUUCUCGCCUCAAGUUUAGAAAAAUUAGCAUCUUUUCUCAGCAAGGAUAAGCUACGGGUAGGGCAACAUGAAUUUUGUAAUUUAUCUGCAGAAAAUUUCGACUUAUUGACUCGAAAAGGUAUAUUUCCGUACGAGUACAUUGACAGUGUUGAAAAACUAGAUGAUACAUGCUUACCACCUCGCGAAUCGUUUUACAGUUCAUUGACGGAUAGUACGGUAUCUGAGAGUGAUUACGCGCACGCCUUGAACGUAUGGCAGCAGUUCUCCAUUCGAACCCUCGGCGAAUACAGUGACUUAUAUUUAAAAACGGACGUUUUGUUGUUGGCUGACAAUUCUGAGAAUUUUCGAGAUAGUUGCGUUGCGAGUUACGAGCUCGACCCCGCGUAUUAUUAUACUUUACCGGGCUUCACGUGGGAUGCCAUGUUAAAACAUACUCGCGUCAAUUUCGAACUUCUUACCGACGUUGACAUAGUUCUUUUCAUCGAACGCGGUAUACGUGGCGGUUUGAGUCAGUGUUCGAACAGAUAUGCACAGGCUAACAACAAGUAUAUGCAAUCGUAUGAUCCGUCGAAACCGUCGACGUACUUGAUGUAUUAUGACGUCAACAACUUGUACGGUUGGGCAAUGUGUCAACCAUUGCCAUACGCUGAUUUUCAAUGGGUCGACGAUGUAGAAAAUUUUGAUGUUACGACCGUCGCGCUCAAUUCACCGACAGGCUAUAUUCUCGAGGUGGACUUGGUGUGUCCGCAACAUCUUCAUGACGUUCACGCGGAUCUACCGUUUUGCCCGACGCGCGAGAAACCACCCGGUAAGCGUGAAGACAAGCUCCUCGCAACAUUGUGCGAUAAGCAGCGGUAUGUCAUACAUUAUCGCAACCUGCAACAAUGUACUCGUCACGGUCUCCGUAUCACAAAGAUCCAUCGCAUACUACGAUUCGCACAAUCUCCAAGGCUUCGCGAUUACAUAGAACUAAAAGUGAAAUUUAAAACUUUGGCUAAGAAUGAUUUCGAGAAAAAUUUGUACAAACUUAUGAAUAACGCGGUUUUUGGUAAAACCAUGGAGAAUGUGCGCGAUCGCGUCGACGUAAAAUUAUUAACAAAAUGGGUGGGGAGAUACGGUGCAGAAGCAAUGAUCGCGAAACCGAAUUUUCACAGUCGUAGCAUUUUUUCAGAAAAUCUGGUCGCGAUAGAACUGCGUAAACUCGAGGUGAAGUUCGACAAAUCGAUAUACGUGGGUAUGUGUAUCCUCGAUAUAUCCAAGACUUGUUUGUACGAAUUUCACCACGAAUAUAUGGCACCGCUGUUUUGCGAAAAAUGCAAAAUUAUGUAUACCGAUACUGACAGUUUAAUUUAUCAUGUAGAAUGUGACGAUGUAUAUGAAAUUAUAAAACGCGAUAUCAGUAGAUUUGACACUAGCGAUUACGCGAUCGACAAUGCAUAUGGUAUUCCGCUAGUAAAUAAGAAAGUACCGGGUCUUAUCAAAGACGAGAACAACGGCGCGAUCAUGAGCGAAUUCGUUGGGCUUAGAGCGAAAAUGUAUGCUUUACGUGUACAAGGAAAGAAGGACACGAAGAAGGCGAAAGGUGUCAAGAGCAACAUUGUAGCGAGAUCCAUAACAUUUGAGGAUUACACGCGAUGUCUCAAUGAUACAAUCGAGAUGACGCGCAAGCAGUCAUGCAUUAGAUCAAAGUUGCACGAAGUAUACACGAUAUCCAAAACGAAAAUCGCUCUAAGUCCGCAUGAUGAUAAACGGUAUAUCAUACCAGAUUCCACCAAUACGCUGCCAUGGGGACAUUACCGGUGUAAAUAA